CGCCUCUACUGGUGCGGAGGUGGUAUCGCACUAGUAUAUAGAGCAAGUCUGUCGCUAGCUAUGUAAAGCUAACACAUUAGACGCCGGGGCUGGCAAAAAUAAAUAAAAACUCAAACAUACUGCAGAAACGUCCAAAUUUAAGAAGACAAGAGCACGGAAAUUGCAUGGAUGUUUGUUUACACUAUAAAAGUGACCAAGAUAAAUCGGAUGAUUUGGUGUCUAUAUCCGAAAAGGCCUUAGAGGACUUUCCUCUUCGUGUUGUACCAAUAUUUACACCAUGGUUUCCUUCUGGCACUGAGAGAUCUUGUCCAAUCAAACCUAAAAAGGCUCCUCCAGUCAUUUCAUUCAAUCAGCAGAAAAGUUCUGAAUGUUUCCCUCAACAACCAGAGUUUGUUUUUUCAAGUCGUUGUACAGAUGAUCAAGAGAAAUUUGUAGAUACCAGUAAGAGGAAUUUAAUAUCAAUUCAAACACCUGCUGAUGAAAAUGCCAAGGCAGAAUUUGAGAAUGUUGCGAAGAAAUGCAAACGCUCAUGGAGUGUCUUACCACCAAAAACGCAAACACCUCAGAGGACACAAUUCAUCUCUAGACAUUUCCACAAAACUGUACAAAGAUAUGGACUGGACUUGCACCAGAGAGCAAAAUGGGUCAUUUCUGAGCUUAACUGUGCACCACAGAGCAUUGAGGAGGUUUGGUCUAAGCUCAGCCAUGCUAUUAAUCAUGCCAUGCUCCCAACAUGCAAUGCCAAUUAUCAGAGAAAUUUGAUCCAAAUCUGGGUGUACUGUGACAUAUCUUACUGUGAAUAUAUAGGGAAUUUCUUGCGGGAAACUUUCCAGCUCUCUGGCGAGCUUACUUUAGCUGUCCAUAAACUAGGAGUCAUCUUUAAAUUAUAAGUAGUACAGUGUCAGGAGUCAAUAUUAAUAUAUGAGUAUACAGUGUGAUAACCUGUAAUAGUUUGGUGCAUUGUAUGAUCAUCACAUCUCUUGUUAAACCAUUUUUAAAUUCUUGAUUCCAAUGUAUUGUCUGUCUGUCUAUGAAAUGUAAAGCAUUUUUAUUUAAAAAAAAAAAAAAAAGUUUUAUGGAUCAUGUCUAUCUAAUGACGUUUUGAAAAACACAUGCCACAAUUCACAAAUGCGUUAAAUAAUAAUUCAAUUUUUGGGAGUUUCUACUGUAGCUGUGAGAGAAAGAUGGUACACAAGUCAUGGUACACAAUUCGAAUGCACUGGCUGUUAUACCAACAUUUAUUUUGUUUAUUUUGUUUCUUCUUAAAUGCAUUAACCGCAUUAAACUACAAGGCAUAAUCUGUAUUUUACUAGGAUAUGAUUUUGGAUAUGUUGAUGGCUUAUUUUUGCCUUAUAAAAUUGCUUAAUUAUGGAUUAAGGUGGCAUUAGUAAGGAAACACAGAAGAGUCACUGUUUUCUUCAGGUGAUGGAGAAUUUGAUCAGACUGUCAGCAAGAACAGACCAACAGCUAAACCGACCAUGUUGCAGUGUAUAAACCACUCAAAUAUAAUGUUGAGAAUUCUGUGGUACAAA